AUGCAAGAUGAGGAGGAAACAACAAAUAAUAAUCCUACAAACCUUCCAUGGGAUAUCGAAUCAAAUAUCCUCUUAAGGCUACCACUAGAAGAUCUUCUACGUUGUCGUCGUGUAUGCAAAAGUUGGCGUGAAGUAAUCAAUAGCCUAAAUUUCAACAACUCCUAUGUACACCAAUUUCUAAACAAAAAUGUAUCAAAUUCUAUCAUCCUAUGUGGUUACAAUGGUAUGUCGUUUAAUCUUUCGUCUUUUGAUUUUCACUUUCCUGAGAAUUUAAAGGAACCAACUCGUUAUCGGCCUCAAAAUUUUGGUAGCAAACGUGUUAAAAACAUAGUUGGCUCAUGUAAUGGCUUACUUUGCUUCCAAAAACGUAACGAUGGUGAUGAAUUUUGGUUCUAUAACCCAGUCACGUACGACUUUAAACACAUACAUCACUCAUCACCCUAUAAAAAUGACUUUCAUAGCAUGGGGUUUGGUUAUGAUUCAACUAACAACGAUUAUAAGAUCGUAAAAUUAGUUCACAAACCAUAUAAGUUUAGUGCUUACAAUGUUUCUUACAAUACAAUUGAGUUUUAUGUUUAUAGUUUGAAGAAAAAUUCAUGGAAAUUCAUUAAGCCUUUUCCUGAAGUGCAUAAAGUUUGGCCUAGUCUUAAUAAUGGUAAUGAUUCGGUCGUAUCAAGAAGCAUGAUUUUCUCUAAUAAGGCAUUAAAUUGGUUGUGUUAUGAUAUUGCUGAAGAUUUUUGGGGAAGAAAUAAAACUAUCUCAUGUUUAAACCUUGAAACUGAAGAGUAUUAUGAGGUACCUUUGCCUGAUCUUUAUUUUGAUCCUACCGAGGAAUGGAAAUUGGCUGACAUAUCGGAAAAUCUACAUUUGGUAAUAAGUUUACCUUGGGAAUGUUUUUAUAUAGAUAUAUGGAUUAUGAAAGAGUAUGGCGUAAAAGAAUCAUGGACUAUGUUGAGCCGCGUAUUGCUAAGGGAUGUACUUGUAGGUAACACUGGUGGUCGUAGUCGUAUAUGUUUUUUGGCGGAUGUUGCAUCAAUUGUCUUGCCUUAUGCCUACUCAAAGGAUCGACGGGAAAUUUUAAUAGGUGUAGGGAAACCUAUAAAGAAUUUUAUUCGUUAUGAUUUACAUACUGAAAAGUGUAAAAAGAUAGACAUUCAUGGUUUGCCUAAUAAUGUCAUACAUGAUCAUUUCAUAGCCAUGCCAUGGCUUGGUUCCCUUAUCUCCCCCCUCAAGCUAGAAUAA